AUGGACGAAAAGCACAGCGGCUCGGGUCGCAACUCGACCGAUGUCCACCACACCGAAGUUCCAUUUGCUGCCGACCAGGUUGUUUGCCCGCCGCACACAACUGAGCGGCGCCUCAUGACGAAGAUCGACAUGCGAGUCGUGCCGUUUCUCUGCAUCAUGUACCUGCUUGCAUUCUUGGAUCGUGUCAACAUUGCCAACGCAAAGCUGUUUGGCCUCGCCGGUGAUUUGGAUCUCGGCACCGGCGACAAGUACAACACGGCUCUGGUCAUCUUCUUCGUGCCCUACUGCAUCUUCGAGGUGCCCUCCAACAUCCUGCUCAAGAAAUUCAAGCCCCAUGUCUGGCUGUCCAUCAACAUGUUCCUCUUUGGCUUUACCACCAUGAUGCAAGGCUUGGUCAAGAACUACAGCGGCCUGCUCGCCACGCGCUUCUUCCUCGGCGUUUUCGAGACCGGCAUGUUUCCGGGAGCCUUCUACCUCAUUGGCAUGUGGUAUAAGCGAUCCGAGGCUCAGCGACGUUACUCCUUCUUCUUCAACAGCACAACUCUCGCCGGUGCCUUUGGCGGUCUCCUUGCCGCGGCCAUCGGCAAGAUGGACGGCCUGCGCGGCUACCACGGCUGGCGCUGGAUCUUCCUCAUCGAGGGUGGUCUCACCGUCUUCGUCAGCUUCUUCUUCUACUUCCUGCUGCCCGACUUCCCCGAGGAAGCCAAGUGGCUCACGGAGGACGAGCGCGUGUACGUCGCAGCGCGCCUCCGCGCUGAUCAGGGCACCGGCUCUGGCCACGUGAAGAAGAUGACGCUCAAGGAUAUCCUGAACGUGUUCAAGGACUGGAAGGUCAUUGCCGGUGGCUUCAUGUACUUUGGCCUCAUUGUCCCCGCCUACGGCUAUGCCUACUUUGCUCCCACGAUCAUCUCGACCUUCCACUACAGCCCCGUGGAAACUCAGCUGCGCAGCGUCCCACCGUGGGCCGCCGCCUUCGGCUUCUCCCUUCUCAUUGCUACCCUGUCUGACAGAUUGCGCCACCGAUUUGCUUUUGCCAUUGUCAGCAUGUUCAUCGCCAUUGCCGGCUUUGCCAUUCUCCUCGCCGAGCACAGCAACAAGGAUGUGCAGUAUGGCGCGCUGUUCCUCGUCACGUCUGGCGCAUACACUGCCAUGCCCAUCGUCGUUUGUUGGUUCAACAUGAAUCUGGGAAGCCACACUCGCCGUGCCGUCGGCAGCGCGUGGCAGGUUGGCUACGGUAACCUAGGCGGCAUCAUUGCCGUCUUCAUCUUCCUAACCAAGGAUGCGCCCAAGUUCACCACGGGCUACGGCGUGUGCCUUGCCUUUACAGUCAUCUCCAUGAUUGCAUCGACCAUUUACGGAAUUGGCUGCUUGAUGGCCAAUAAGCAGAGAGACAGCAUGACUGAAGUCCCCGACCUGACGGAGGAAGAGAGGACGGAGCUGGGCGACUUGUCCCCCGAAUAUCGGUACCUGCUGUAA